GCUGUCGGGGGGGUGUUCCCCAGGGGCGCGGCCCCAGUGAGGCGGUGGCGGCGUCUCCUGCCGAGGACGCUCUGGCAAGAAAUCACUGGAGCCAGGCGAUUGGACUCUACGUCCCUCAGAAGCCAGUGUUUUCAAGCGGGCCGCGAUGGGGCCGGGUUGAGCCACCCGCCGCGGGAGGAGCAGGGCGGCCACGGAUGGAGGGGCCCGUGGAGCUCAGCCCAGAGGCCGUGCUGCGUUUCCUCGCGGAGCGCGGGGGCCGGGCCCGGCACGCCGAGCUGGUGCAGCACUUCAGAGGUGCUCUGGGCGGCGAGCCGGAGCAGCGCGCCCGCGCCCGCGCUCUCUUCAAGGAACUGGUCAAUGCCGUGGCCACGGUGCGCACCGACCCUGCUGACGGCUCUAAGUACGUGCACCUUAAAAAGAGGUUCUGCGAGGGACCCCCCCAGUCAGAAGCCGCGCCCUCGCGUGACCUGCCCAGCAUCUCGGUGACCGUAGAGCCAGAGUCCAGUAGCGGCGCCCCAAGGACGCCCGACGGCCGGGUCGAGACCCAGGAAGGCGGCUUGUGCCCAGAGGUGGCGUCUCCCGAGGCGUCCUCGGGUCCAUACUGCGAGCAGAGCCAUGGGGAGACACCGGCUGCCGCGCUUGGGCCGCCAAGCCUGACUGGCGACAGCCUGAGCGGGCCGCCGCUGAGCGGCGGGGCCCGGAGGAAAAGCUCUCAGCGCGAGGUCCAGCCUUCCCCUCGGGGACCGGACCCCGGGCCCAGCGAGGACCUAGAGCCCCCACCCCAUGGCUGCGAGGAGACGGACGCGGGCAGCUCCCCCGGCGGCGGCGUCACCACCCCAAAAUCUACGCGCCAGAACCUUAGGGACCUUGUGAUGGGCAGCUCACCGCAGCUGAAGAGGAGCGUCUGUCCUGGGGGCAGCAGCGCGGGGACCUCCUCUGGGGGAGGACGCGGCAAAGGCGGGGGCGACUCAGACAGCGCAUCCGUCGCUUCGUCGUCGGCAGAGGAGGAGAGCAGCGGUGGGGGCUCCGUGACGCUGGACCCUCUGGAACACGCCUGGAUGCUCUCAGCCUCUGACGGCAAGUGGGAUAGCCUGGAAGGGUUGCUCACCUGUGAGCCCGGCCUGCUGGCCAAGAGGGACUUUAUAACUGGCUUCACCUGCCUGCACUGGGCCGCCAAGCAUGGCAGACAGGAGCUCCUUGCCAUGCUGGUCAAUUUCGCUAACAAACACCAGCUGCCAGUGAACAUUAACGCCAGGACGAGCGGAGGUUACACUGCCCUGCACUUAGCUGCCAUGCACGGGCACGUGGAGGUGGUGAAGUUGCUGGUGGGGGCUUACGACGCAGACGUGGACAUUAGGGACUACAGUGGGAAAAAGGCCUCUCAAUACCUGAGUCAGAGCAUCGCUGAGGAGAUCAAGAACCUGGUGGGAGCCCUGGAUGAGGAUGAUGGAGAGAGUGCCACGGGCAGCGGGGGUGGGCGAUGGAGGCUUUCAAAGGUGCUCCCUUCACACCUCAUCACCUACAAACUCUCACAUGUCUUAGAGGAUGGAGGGGAUCAUCACCAUCACCACCACCACCACCACCACCACCACUUGACUGAGGGAUGGGCUGGAGGCAAAGCAAAGGAUCCAGGUCGCAAGGCCUCCGGCAGCUCUAGUGGACGAAUAAAACCCAGACUCAACAAAAUCCGCUUCCGAACCCAGAUCAUCCACACUACACCCUCUUUCAGAGACCCAGAGCAGCUACUGGAGGAAGGAGAGGAGGAAGAGGAGGACCGGGCUCUUAAAAGCCACUCAUCUUCAUUCAAAUUGAGACCGAAGUCCAAUGUAUUUGGGUAAAAAUAAUUUCUUUUAGAAAAUUCUAGGUUUAUUUGUUUUCAGGAAUAGAAUACUAGGAGUAGGCAAGAAAGUAAGACCAGAUAAGAGGUUAAAUUCUGCAUUCUGACUUGGGAAGUUGGAAUGGAUGGGAGGAAUUACCAUAACCUAGCAUUCUGGGUGAAGUAAAUUUCCAAGUGAUUUCAUCAAACCUUGCCCUAGGCCUCUUUUCCAUAUGCCACCCCUCUGCCCUGGAGUCCCUGUUUCUGAGGACUGGAAAUGUAUUUAAAUUGGGUGUACAGAAUUGAUGAUUAAGGGAUCCUUUGAUUUUACCAUUACUGGAUGCCAUGCAAAGUAAGGAAUGUUGCGCUUUUAUGUUUCUGUUUUUAAAAGUGGUUACUCUUCCAAGAGUGACAAGAAAUGCAAAUUGUAAUGAAAUUUUAAGUGUGAACAAAACUACAUACUGCCCUGAUUUUUGUUUUUUGUUUUUUACUAAUUACAUUUGGCUUUAGAGUAGAUACAGUAGAGAUACUACUGAAGGUCAGGUCAAGGUUGAAAUACAAAAAGCUGUUUAGAGAAUAAUGUGAGUAAAAAUGGUAUCCUGUUUGUAUUAGGUAGUGCUCAACUAUUUUUUAAAUAGCAAUUUCAACUUUAAUUACUGAACUAAAGAAAUAGGCAGCAUUCACUUUUAAGUUAAUCUGUACUCUGGUUUUCUUUUAACUGUCUCUAAGACCACUGCACUUAGUGUUAAGGUACAUUAUUAAUAACUACACAAAAUUUUAUUUGAAGAAAACACUUGAUGACCUAUGGUACUUUUAAGUAAAAUGUUGCCUCUGGUUCUGAUUCUCAGUAAUUUGUUUUGCUAGUCUAACAGUCUAAAUUUGUCAGAGUUUUUAUUCUGGGGAUCAUUUGUUCUAUUUGACAUGACCCUAUUUGGUGGUGCUUAGAGUUGAAUUGCCUACAGAAGCUGUUUCUGGUUUAGAGGACUAGCAAAAAUUGGCAUAAAUGCUAGUCAGCUUAUGCUUCUGUGAAGUAAUUAUUAAAUCAACUUAAUGAUUCUCACAUAAGGUACACUUUUUAUUUUAUUAAUAAAAUACAUUCAUAGUCUGUGCUUUGUACAAUGUUUGCAAAUAUUUCUAAUACUAAAGACUUUCAACUUUUCAGUGUUUCCUUGAAUCUAUUAGAGACAUACAGUGAAGUUACUGAAAAGCUGGAUAGUAAAUCUACCCAGUUAAAAAUAGCACUUUAUAAAAGGGACAAGAGAAGAGAUGGAACUGUAUCUUUAUUUAAAUGCUGCUGGCUAUUGAAUUCCUUUGUAUGUAAAUGAAAAUGCCUUUCAUUAAAAUUAAGGGUGUAGUCCUUAAUUACAUUUCAUUCAAAUUUGUUAGAGUAAAUGUCUUUAUAAUUAUUAUAAAAUUUAACUCACAAGCAUAUUAAAUCAAUUUGUAACUAGAUUCAAAACUAUUUUGUGGGAGACUAAUUCUAACAAGUCCUUCUCCCUUAGUCUUUUUGGUCUCAUAAUUGCUGAAACAUAAGUACCUGCAGCCUCUAGAGAUUAAGGAGUGAGUUAACAGCUUGCAGAGUGAGUGAACCAGUAUAUGAAUCACACUGAAUUGCAGAGUUUAGAGAGUUCUUAGAUCUUUACUUUCCCAAGUCAAAGAUUUGUACCAAGUUUGUUACACCUCUCUAGAUAGCAAUUGAAUUUGUUUAAAGGUGUAUCAAAAAUAUUCACAUAAAACAUAUAAACUAUUAUCCAUUUGUGUGCCUGUUUUGUUUUAGGAUUAUGGAAAUGGACUGUACGUUUGACAAGCACUUUUAUGCAUACAUGUGGGUAAAAACAGUCUAAUUUUGUAUAAAUUAAAAGGGGGCUCUUUGAAGGUGAAAAGCAGCCAUUUGUUCUGAAUCCUAUACAUAUUACCUGUAGCUAGUGCCUGACAAGCUUUAUAACUUCCCACUGAGGAAUCUUACAUUUCAUUGACAUGUGUAGUUAAAGUCAACUAUAAAAAGUAGAUACUUCAGAACCAUCUAAAUGUUCUAUUGAAAUCAGUAUUAAUCUUGAAAUGUGUAUGUUAGUAACUAAUUGCACAAAAUCUAUAAUUUACUGGAUCUUUAGAGAUUGAGUCAACACUUCAUUUAACCUGAUUUUCACACUAAGGAUAUUAGCUUUUCAAUAAAAUAUACUUUAAAUUUUCAAAUUCAUUCCUGAGGGGAACAACUUCUAGCAUUCCUUGUCAUGAUGUGCUUGUGUGCCAUAAGUAUAACAUUUUCAGCUACUUAACUAUACAUUCCUCUAAUUUUUCAGUUUCCAAGUUGAGAUUAUUAAAAGCAAAUUAUUCAUAUAAUUUGAUUUUGUGGAGUUGUGUCUGCCAUUAAUGGAAAUAUAUAUGUCAAUUACUUAGAUAUUUGUUAAUAUGAAGCUGUGUGGUUAAAAAAUCCAAGUUGCCCACGUGUCUUAUAGGUACAUUUGAAACUAGUGAAUGCUUGUCACAAUUCUCUUCACUUUUAUGGUAUGUAAAAUGCAACUAGCUUAUAUAAAUUGAAAAUCUGGUACUAUUUUAUUCAUGCCUGAAAUCUUGGGGUCCAGGAUGCCUCAUCUCUUAUAUUUUAAAUGAGUGACUCUUUGGGAGUUUAGAGUGUAUAAUUUGUAAAAAUUUGUUUUGUCAAAAUAAAAGGUUCACACUAGA